AUGCUUGACCCAAGGUCGCCAUCAGCUAGACGCUCUCCAACACUGGCCCUCAAGCUUCAGGAGCAGCACAGAGCACUCAACCAGAGUCUGGUCGAUCCAAGAUCGCCCUCGCUCAGUAUCCCUCGCACUCCAGUGCCACAACACAAGCAGACAGAGACUGCUGACCGCCUUCCAAUGACACCAAACGUGGCUCAACAGCAACAUGACUACGCUCCAGCAACCCCAAUGGACAAGCCCAUUCCAUUCAACCCACACUCAUCCAGCACGGCUGAGGACUGCGCCACUGAGUUGCCCAAGCCAUCGGUCACAUCGGCAUUGCUGCCCAACAUGUUUGACACUCCAACCAAGAACUCGGAUCUGUCCACCAAUGGAAAUGGCACGCCAACAAAGGAAUCGACGCCACAGAGAAGACCUAUUCAGAGGAUUGGCGGUAUGAAGAGCCGCGACAUCUUCUUGUCGUCGCCAACACUCUCCAACUACUCGCCCAAGAACAAGCACACGACAAUCCUCAACGACCUCAAGCCAAUGUCGCCAAAGAGGGCAUCCAUCAAUGAUCUGGUGCUGCAAACGAGCAAGAUGACCGUAUCAUCUAGUCCCUCGCGCUCUUCAACGCCAGCGCUCUCUCCAGCACGCAGUCGCGUAGCAUCGACCAAGUACACAGGCUUCUCCGACUCUUUGGCCAGUGUUGUCGAUGAGAACAAUCCCAACUCGCUGAACUCAUCCUCCUCGACCACUCUGCUGAGGACCAGUGGACAGAUCACCAAGCCUACGACACCAAAGACUCCACGUGUGCGUGGAGGUCCAGGCAAUGCAUCGCCCUCAGUUACCCGUCGAGGUGUUGAGCUUCGCGGCGUCUCCACCAAGUUUGAUGGCAGUCCCAUGAAGUUAAACAUGGACGCCAUCAUACACUCUCCAGUCAACAACCAUUGA